AUGGCCCAGAAAAAUAACUUUGAGUUCUCCAUCAGGGAAUAUAGACCCUCAGAUCAACAUAUGGUCAUGUCACUCUUUCGCGAUGGGAUACUUGAACAUGUAUACCCAGCUUUCUUUAAGGCCAUGAGCCAUCCAGACCAUGUUGGCAUUGCUCUGAGCAUUUCCAUGGCUGGUUAUGUGCUGGGAGGCAGCUCCUACUUCCAAGCUUUACUCUUUGGGAGUGCAUGGGCUGGCCUCAUUUAUUACUGCUGCCACGAGAUCUAUGAAGGCUACAUGACGAGGCGUCUGAGCACAGACAUGGCUGACAUUCAAUCCAACUACCUGGAAAACCCAGAUAAUGGUUUCUGGGUGGCAGAGGCAGACGUCAACAGCCAGUCCAAGGUUGUGGGGAUGGUAGCAGUGACGGGGAAAAGGGGAGGGGAGGAAGGUGAGAGGUUUGAUGACUGCAAUGGAGGAGUGCUGGGAGAAGGCUCAGAGUUUGCCCAAGACGCUGUGGAUGGGAGUUACGGCGAGAUGUCCCUCAUGGUUGUGGUGUUUCCAUGGCGGCGCAAAAACCUGGGUUCACAGUUGACAAGGAAGGCCCUUGAUUUCUGCAAACAGCAAGGCUACAGCCGCCUCGCUCUGGAAGUCAGCUCACCACAGACGGCAGCUAUAUCCCUGAGCCAAAAGUUUGGUUUUGUUCAAACUGCGUCCCAUAGUAACACACACACUAAUCGCUGGUUCUCCAAACUGGCCAGAAUGAAUGUGAUGCGAAUGGAGAAGUUAAUUUAAUGUAACCUGAUACAACCUUAA